UGACAAAUGAACCUGAAGAGAUAAGCUCUAUGCGUUUGAAUUGCUGGUAUGAAUCCUAAGCUAUAUCCAGCCCGGAAUCUUCGUCACGAAAGGCGGUGUACCUUGCGGCAGAGUCGACAAGGCUACCAAAUAUCCACAAGGUUCCAUGGGUCGUAGCCAACCCCUCCAACAACUUCGACCAUAUGAUGCGCAUUCUCUUGGCUUGCAUUUCCACGAAACUAUCUUUUGAUAUUGACAAUACAAUAUUUCCUUUGGGAUAGCUCCACAACCACGACUACGGCCAUGUCGACUCAAGCUGAUCUGGGCGCCAAGGCCCUCGCAGCCAAAGACUACACCUCCGCCAUCACCCAUUACACCAACGCUCUUAAAACCGCGAACUCGCCCUUAUGGUUCACCAACCGCUCGACUGCAUACCACCGUGCCGGACAAUAUGAGCUCGCCCUCCAGGAUGCCGAAGCUGGAGUUUUGGCUGCUCGCCAAAGAGCUCGACGUGAGCUGAUUACCGCCGCCCAGAUGAGGAGAGCUAUUGCACUAUACAGCCUGGGACGACUUGGAGAUUCGCGCCUCGUGCUAACGUGGGUGAGGAAGCUGAAUGAGAAGGAGAAGAGCUUGGGAGUCUGGCAGUUGAAGGUUACCAACGAAUAUGAGAAGCUGUCUGAGGACGCGGAAGGGAGGAAGGUCACAGUUACGGAGGUGCCUGACGAAGCUAAGUUGCCCGAAGUGGGCAAGACAGUGGCGGUGGAGGAGAAAGGCAAGGCCGUGACUCAGGCUCAGGCUCAGGCUCCUCAGAUAUCAGUUCCAGCACAGACCCCAAAGGAGAAGAUCAGGCACGAGUGGUACCAGUCGAGCGAUAAAGUUACGAUUACGAUCUUUGCAAAGGGUAUCCCAAAGGAGAAGGCCGAAGUUACUAUUGCUGAAGACUCUGUCGAAGUCAACUUCCCGAUGGGCGCGAAUAGUAGCUAUAAUUACACCCUUGACAAUCUUUACGAGCGCAUCAACCCCUCAGAGAGCACAUCUUCCAUAACUCCCAAUAAACUCGAAAUCACGCUGCACAAAACCAGCGGCACAAAGUGGCCAGCUCUGGAGAGUGCAACACGAGUCCCAGCCUCUGUCACCAAAGACGACACCAAGGAACCCUCCCCUCCAACUUCCGCUACCACCGCCGAAAAGCCCCCCUCAUAUCCCACUUCAUCAAAGCACGGGCCCAAGAACUGGGAUGCCCUCGCUAGCAGCGCCCUAGCCUCCGAGUCUAUGGGUGAUAAUAAUCUCGGUGGGGACGACGACGAUGAGGCGGACCCAUUGCACGGGUUCUUCAAGAAGCUGUAUAAAGAUGCGGACCCGGACACGAAGAGGGCGAUGAUGAAGAGCUAUACUGAGAGCAACGGAACAGCACUGAGCACGAAUUGGGCGGAUGUCAAGAAGAAGCCAGUGGAGACGAAUCCGCCAGAAGGGGUGGAGGCUAAAAGCUGGGGAAAGUAGGGGAAUGUUCAUGAGCAGUGGCAUGUGGGUAUGAUGGACUGAUACUAUUGUAUCGUGGAAAUGACAGACAAAAUGGGGAUCUGACCGUCUGAUCAUCAAAGAAUUACAGAGAGAAACAAAAUGGAGUAUCCUGGGCGUUCUAUACCUUCCGGUAGCACACAAUUAGCAAAAGGGGAAUAAUACAACUUGAACAAGUCAAAUUACAGUGCCAUUUCACGAUUGUUAUAGCAAAGA